GGUGCUGCUGUUUUGACCGACUUGUCAGUCCUUCUCUCUCCACUAUCAUCCAGCUGAAUGAACAGCCUCGUACAGUGAACAGGGCAGCGGUUCUCUGUUUGUCAGACCGCUGGGACACAUUUUCUCUCACAUUUGCCUGCUGACAGCUACAAGGGAUUAUUUUUACCGACCUCUGACUGUUUCUCCGCAACGAAUCUGGAAGAUCAUGCCCCCCAGAUAGCAGCCUCGUCCUCCUCUCCACUCCCCCUCCCUCACCCCUUGGUCCCUUCCUCCACCUUCCUGGUCCAGCGCCACCACUGCCACCUGCUUCACCACGGCCAUCAUGCCCCCCAGGAAGAGGACGCGGCCGGGCCUGGGCUUCCUGUGCUGCUUUGGCAGCAGUGAACCCCCAGAGAUCAACCUGAAGGACAGCGUGCCCCUGCAGCUCCUGGAGUUCAGCGCCCCCAUGCCACCUGCCGAGGAGCUGCAUGCUCGUUUCUCCGAACUGGUGGAUGAGCUGGACCUGACCGAUAAGAACAGGGAGGCCAUGUUUGCGCUGCCUGAUGAGAAGAAAUGGCAGAUCUACUGCAGCAAGAAGAAGGAGCAAGAGGACCCCAACAAGCUGGCCACCAGCUGGCCCGACUACUACAUUGACCGCAUUAACUCCAUGGCGGCCAUGCAGACCCUGUUUGCCUUUGAUGAGGAGGAAAUGGAAAUGAGGAACAAGGUGGUGGAGGAUCUGAAGACAGCGCUUCGGACUCAGCCAAUGAGGUUCGUUACACGUUUCAUCGAGCUGGACGGCCUCACAUGCCUCCUCAACUUCCUACGCAGCAUGGACUAUGAGACGUCAGAGAGCCGCGUCCACACCUCCGUCAUCGGCUGCAUCAAGGCCCUGAUGAACAACUCGCAGGGCCGCGCACACGUCCUGGCCCACCCACAGAGCAUCAACACCAUCUCACAGAGCCUGCGGACGGAGAACAUCAAGACCAAAGUGGCGGUGCUGGAGAUCCUUGGGGCUGUGUGCUUGGUGCCCGAUGGACACAAGAAGGUGCUGCAGGCCAUGGUGCACUAUCAGAAGUACGCUGCUGAGAGGACCCGCUUCCAGACGCUGCUGAAUGAGCUGGACAAAAGUACAGGACGCUACAGAGAUGAGGUCAACUUAAAGACUGCCAUCAUGUCCUUCAUAAACGCUGUGCUCAACGCUGGAGCUGGAGAGGACAACCUUGAGUUCCGCCUCCACCUAAGGUUUGAGUUCUUGAUGUUGGGCAUCCAGCCGGUCAUCGACAAGCUCAGAGAGCAUGAAAACGCCACUCUGGAUAGGCAUUUGGACUUCUUUGAGAUGGUGCGGAAUGAGGAUGACUCAGAGCUGGCAAAAAGGUUUGAUAUGUCCCAUGUAGAUACAAAGAGUGCUGGUGCCAUGUUUGAGCUGAUCAAGAAGAAACUGAGCCACACGGAUUCCUACCCACACCUCCUCUCCAUCCUCCAACACUGCCUGCAAAUGCCCUAUAAACGUGGUGGUGGCAGCCUGCAGCACUGGCAGCUCUUAGACAGGAUUCUGCAGCAGAUAGUCCUGCAGGAUGACAAGGGAGAGGACCCCGACAUCGCUCCUCUGGACAACUUCAGUGUUAAGAACAUCAUUCGCAUGUUGGUCAAUGAGAAUGAGGUGAAACAGUGGCGAGACCAGGCAGAGAAGUUCAGGAAAGAUCAUGGAGAGCUGCUAGCUAAGCUGGAGAGGAAAGAGCGCGAGUGUGACACCAAGACCCAUGAGAAGGAGGAGAUGAUGAAGACUUUGAACAAGAUGAAGGACAAACUACAACGAGAGGGUGUGGAGCUGCGUUCAGCCAGGGAACAAGUGCUGGACCUGUCGUCACGCAUCAAUGACGUGAUAGCUGGUGGCAGCGUGUCUUUCCCGCCUCCCCCUCCUCCCCGUGGCCCUGUGGCUCCUCCUCCUCCACCUAUGAUGGGUGGCUUCCCUCCCCCUCCGCCUCCUCUACCGUUCAGCUGCCCUCCUCCUCCGCCUCCUCCUCCUCCUCCCGGAGCACCGCCUCCUCCGCCUGGAGCUCCUCCCAUUUUCGGAGCCCCACCUCCUCCUAUCCCGUCGUCGUUCAACUCAAUGAGCACCAUGCGCUCCAAGUCCAUCCCCCAGCCGUCUCACCCGCUCAAGUCCUUCAACUGGGCUAAAAUAGGAGAGAACAUGAUCAAUGGCACCAUCUGGAACGACAUUGAUGACCUGAGAGCAUUCAAGAUUCUUGACCUCAAGGACAUAGAGAAGAUGUUUUCAGCCUAUCAGAGACAGCAGGACCUGCUAACUAACCAAUCCUUCAAACAGAAAGAGACGGGCUCUAUGGAUGACAUAUACGUCAGCACGCGGAAGGUCAAAGAGCUGUCAGUCAUCGACGGCAGACGUGCACAGAAUUGUGUCAUCCUGCUCUCAAAGUUAAAAAUGAGCAAUGAAGAAAUCAAGAGGGCAAUCCUUGAGAUGGACGAGAGAGAAGAGCUAGCCAAAGAUAUGUUGGAGCAGCUGCUGAAGUUUGUCCCAGAGAAAAGUGACAUUGAUCUGCUGGAGGAGCACAAGCAUGAGCUGGAGAGGAUGGCCCGGGCUGACCGCUUCCUCUUUGAAAUGAGCAGAAUUGACCACUACCAGCACAGACUGCAGGCUCUGUUCUUUAAGAAGAAGUUUGCAGAGCGUUUAGCUGAAACCAAGCCGAAGGUUGAAGCUAUCCUGAAUGCGUCCAAGGAGGUGGUGCGGAGCAAGCGUCUGACUCAGGUCCUGGAGGUUGUUCUGGCCUUCGGCAACUUCAUGAACAAAGGCCAGAGAGGGAACGCCUACGGAUUCAAGGUCUCCAGCCUCAACAAGAUUGCCGACACCAAGUCCAGCAUAGACAGAAACAUCACCAUGUUGCACUACUUGAUCAUGAUCUUUGAGAAGAACUACCCGGACACGCUGCACAUCCAGGAGGACCUCAGCAGUGUACCAGAGGCUGCCAAAGUCAAUUUGUCAGAGUUGGAAAAGGAAGUGCACAGUAUCAAAAGUGGACUGAAGGCUCUAGAGGCGGAGCUGCACUACCAGCAGAGCAGGACAAGGGAACGUGGGGAUAAGUUUGUGGCUGUGAUCGGCGACUUCAUCACCGUAGCUGGAUUCAGCUUCUCUGAACUGGAGGACCAGCUGAGUGAAGCCAAGGACAAGUUUGCCAAAUCUUUGAAGCACUUUGGGGAAGAAGAAGGGAGGAUGCAGCCUGACGAGUUCUUUGGGAUCUUUGACACCUUCUUACAGUCGUUCAGUGAAGCACGGCAAGACCUGGAAAACAUGCAGCGACGCAAAGACGAGGAGGAGAGGAGGGCACGGAUGGAGGCCAUGCUGAAGGAGCAGAGGGAGCGGGAACGGCGAGCCAAGAAGGGCGGAGCUUCAGAUGAAGUCGGCGGGGAGUUUGAUGACCUGGUGUCAGCGCUGCGCUCCGGCGAGGUCUUCGAUAAGGACCUAAACAAGUUCAAGCGUAACCGCAAGCGCUCUGUCAACCAGCUGGUGGAAGGUGGGGGUCGCGAACGAGCCGUCACCAAGGUCAACUACUAGGCUGGAUAAAGGAAGGACAAAAAAAUAAAUACCGACUAGACACCUGAAUUCUGCCAUGGCGUAGAUCUCUUAACACCUUUAGUCCAGGUCCUGGAACAUGACCGCUCACAUUGGAGAGGAUGUAAAUAACGGCUGGACUGGACAUGUAGCGACACAUAUGGACACGUAUGCCGUCUUGAAGGAUGCAGCACUCUCCUCUGAUUGGUCUUGCGAAGCUAUUUCCAACCUGUUUGUCCUGGAUGAAGGACAGUUGGAAUGGCUAGAUGGAUGGACACACCACUGUGACACAUUAGCCCAUGUCAUCUGACCAUAUCCUCUAACACUGUGCUCAAGGUUCUCACUGUCUAUCUCCCUACUGUUUUUCACUUCCUCUCUUUUUUCUCGCACAAACCCCUCUCUGUUUCUCUGUAAACUCCUUGGUGCUGGAGAGGAAUCAUUUUACUCUGUGGCUCUAAUGGACAUUGGGAUCAGCAAGUCACUGUACAUAGACACAAGACCAAGAGAAAGGAUUAGAAAAAGGACUAUGAAGGAUCUCCAGGCAGGUUUUAAAAAAUAACAGAGAUAAAGAAGUCUAGCGGGAGCUAAGCCAACACCUCCACAGUCAUGGUUGCUUCAGGUAUUCCCCAGAAACAAAGACCUCUCAGAAUGGAUGGAUGUUCAUGAAGGGCAAGGAGGAAUGCUGAGGAAAGAUGCACGACGGUGGGCGAUCCCAGCGCUCUCAUACGGCACACAGCAUUCCCAGGGAGGAUGUACAUACAUCCCGACCUGCGCAAGAGCAGGAGACAAACAGCUCUUCUCAAGGAAACUUCUCAACUUGAUCCACCUGACAAAAUGACUGUGCCACAUGGGUCAAGCCUCACCUAUGCUCUAAAAUGGUUUCAACAUUGUUCUGGCAUUAACUCGUGCCAAAGCAAAGAGAAAAUAAAUGUAAAUGAAUUAAUACAAAACAUACUGCAAUUAGGCAUUGAUAUAUAUAUUUAUAUUUAGAUGCAGACAAGCUAAUUGCAAAGAUGUAGAGGUUUUUUAUGUUUUGGGAUUUUGUACACGCAAUGCAUUAUUUGUUGGUGUUGCAAGUUCACAUUGCUGUUGGAGUGAAUUUCUAUACAUUUUGCGCUUUAUGUAAAAGAGAUAACUGCUCGACCUUUUCACACCUGUAUGUCUUGUUUGCACUGUAGCUUUUCUGACAAACUUCACACUCAAAUGUCCACAAGCCAACUAGAGCAUCCUCUCAGUUCUCCAAUUAACAAAGAUAAUGAAGGAAUGCCAUAAAUGACUUUAAAGGCACAAUCUGCAGUUAGUUUACAGUGCUGUCCCUGCUCUGCUGUCAGUCUGUGAGGUCCAUACCUGGCUUCUCCAUCACCUACAACUAGUGAGCGUCAUCCAUAGUAUCUGUGAGAUCUGUUCCACUGGUACUGAAACAUUUGAUCUGUGGACAGCCAUCAGCCCAGCUCAGGAUGUGUCUCUCUCACUAAGUGAAACUGGUGCUGCAUCACACUCCUACCAGGAUUCAGCAUCUCUGUUUCCAGCUGGCAUCAUCACAUCAGACCUUAUUGUAUUGUCAGGGCACAACGAAGCACUUACAGGGCAUAUAAACUUCCACUUGAUGAAAACUUUAGGGUUCUUUAUUGACAGGAAACUAACACAAAGACUACCACCUCAGAGGGGAUCGUAGAAAAGAUUCUGUGCUUCCAUCUUUUCAUGCAGCUUCUCUCAAAUGUUUACAUCAUGGCGGGCAACCUGCUGCCAAACCAGUCAGACCCAGAUACUGAAGGCCAAGCUCAUUUUUCCUAAGGUUUUUAUUAUUAUUAUUAUUAUUAUUUAUUUGCAUCUGUUUUUCCAAAACCUAAGCAUGACAGAGGCUGCAGCAGGAUGUGUCAGGUCACCUCAGCACAACAUCUACAGUAAUAAAUACAGUAGUCUGUUACAGGAGUGUUCCACUGAGAGAGCUCUGAUCCUGGGGUGAAACAGCAGCUCCUGGUCAGUGCUUCAGGAGAAGGUUCAAGCUAAUCAUCAUUGAUUACGGUCUUAGAUCAUCUGUUUUAUUCUUUCUGUCCACACAUGUGUAUACUGUAGCGCAGUAAAAGCCCAUAUGAGAGGUGUCCAGGGUUGGACAGUAACACAAACAUCCUCUGUGUAACUUCUCUGUCAGCCCGUUCAUCCAGAAUCAGAGGAGAGGACUCGAGCUGAGGCUUUUAUUUCACAGCUCUAUAAUUUGGCAUAUAAUGCUCCUUACAUUUAGUCGGGUUCAAUGUGGCCAUGCUGGCCCAUGACUUUGCACAGCAGCCUGGUUGAGUUUGUCAGAGAAAGGAAUGAAGUGCAUGUUCUCAUAGUGACGUUCAACUAAACUCCGAGUUCUCCUGUUGCAAUAUUCCCACUGACUCAAUGAGCACUUAUUAUAUAUACAUUAAUAUUACUAAAGACAAGAAUACUUGAUUCUCAGUGUUCUGAACAAACUGAUAGACUUGUUACACAGCACAGUGUGUAUGAGUAUCUGUAAUGAUGACUCUCCCAGUUUGUCCUUUUUCCUUCGUUCUGCCUGCUUCUCUCUUCUGAAACAUUGUCAGUGUUCACCUUUAAGUGCCUCUGAUCCACUUUUUACACUUACCAUUCCUCUUACUGUGUUUUAGUGCUCGUGACUUUCCAAGAAACGUACAGUAUGUGCUGGUGAAAUGACAGUUUUCAUAGACUAACUGGCGCCAUCUUGUGGCGUCAGAUGCUGCACUUCACUAUGAGUUGAAGCGGACAUCACAGCCAGGUUAAAGCACUUCUGUGUGUUAAUAUGGUUUGGCUCUUAACCACUGAUCUAGAAACUCACUAACCGCUUCUAAAUAACUCCAUUAGAUGUAGCUUUGUGUUUCUGAAGUCAUUCUGUUACCUGAGCACAGCUAAGUUUCCCCUCCAUAGCUUUAAUUUAUCCACACUGAGUUCUGUCGCAGUGUCACCUUAUUCUGUCAGAUUAUACUCCUGCAGUUUUUCCUGAAGUAGAAAGAAGCCAAUAUGCAGCAGAUUAGAAGAUGUGAGACAGAGCAGAGAGGACCUUUGAGUUUCCAUGUCCCACAAAAAAAGAGAUGAACCGGGAAACCAAGAGGCUACAAACAGAGGAAAUGAAAUAUGAUUGCCUAUUCUUAAACCAGCAUCUCAUGUAUAUUUGAGCUAUUCUGUUUCUUAACUUCUGCUCCUUUGUUUUUCAAGUUAAUCAGAGUUAGUAUAUGAGACUUCAGCAGACCCUUUAAACUCUUAAUUCAGAGCUUUAACCCAUAUUGUAGUGCAGACUAUUUACAGAGGGGUAUUGCAACAUUGUCAGUAUUAAUACAUGUUUGUGUUGUUACAUGUUUGGAUGUUUAUUUGGCCAUUGACUGGCCCGUUUUUGGAGUGUAAAGUUGGAAAUCAGAGGAAAGAACUUAGUAGCUUGUUCAAUGCACUUUUACUAUGGGAAGUUUCCAUUUGCAGCGCCGUUCUGAGGGCUUGGCUCCCUGAGAAAUGAGAAGGGUGCAACGGAAGUGUGGUGCGAAAAAAUAAAACAUGGUGUGUAGAGAAAAGAGAUAAAAAGGGUAUGUGAGGCUGGAGACUCCGGCUGGACCGCUGGAAACGCAUUAGUAGUGAGUCUGUUGAAUGGCAGAGGUGACUCUCCUGCUUCAGUGUGUUUAUGGAAGAGGGAGGGAUGCGGGGUGUUUUCUGUCACCACAUUUCUGUCAUUACAUGCACAUGGUGUCGACCUGCAUGACUAGAGACGGGUGCACAAAGUGUGGCGUGUUGACUUUAUCCUUUAACAGAAAAUUGCUUGCAUAAUGGAACACACGUGUUCCACUACGAGUUGUACUGCCUGAGAAAAGUUGCACCCAUUCUUCGAGGUUGUAUAAUUGUGAGGAGUCAGUAUUUUUAUGGAUGGGGAAAAAAAAGUAUCCUCCACCGAAAGAUGUACAGUUGGAGAAAAAAAAAAGCAUUUUGUACACCAUUCUUGAUGUUUGAGAUAAGAUGAAAAAAAAGUAGAAAACAUUGAGGAAUGUUCCAUUUUCCUGUAAAUUGUACCUCUAUUUAUUUGCCUUAUUUAGUUUGCUAUAUUUUGUAUGUACACACAGCAUUAAAACAAAAUGUUAUAUUAAAAAUAUGAAUAAAUAAACUGUGGUCCGUGUAUGAUGGAUAGUUCUGAGACUUGUAUAAGAACGAGAAUCUUUUUUUUUUCUAUAAUUUUAUUUUUGUUUUGUAUUUUUUCUCACCCUUUGUCUUUUGUAGGGUUACAAUAAACUUUCGUCCCUUACAAGUGA